GCGUGACAGUCAACCUCGGUGCAGACUGUUUUUGGAAUGAACUUCAAACGUGUGGGCGGUUUGAUACAUGCGCUGGUCGAAAGGAAGGAAGUCUGAAUUUGCGAUCCGCAUUUUGAGGAAUCAACAUCAAAUUUUGUUGCUGAUUUGGACGGAUUUGGCACAAGAACAAUUAUUUUCACAAAUUUUCCUUUAUUCGUCUAGUUGCACCUUUCGUGACAGGCAAUUUACCCUCAAUUCGAUUGAAAUCGCGGUUUUUGUGUGUUUACGGCGAGAGAUCUGACAUUUCAUAAGAACUUGGCUAUAGACCGCGAUAAAACAUAUUUAGGAGUUGCACAUGUGCGUAAUCGUUCCUUCUUUUCUCCGUCCGUGAUCAGCCGUCUGUUUAUUUGUUACGGAUCAUCGAUUUUUGCGUUACAUAUUGCCCGUCGCUGUCUGAUAUUUUUUCCUGUGAAGUUGCUGAGAAACUCCUGUUCGAAUUGUAAAUCCUUCUCUGCAGAAGGACUUGAUUCUUUCUUCAAACGGCCUAGGAGAGGUUAAACCGAGCAAAGAUCCGAAAGAUAGUCAAACAUCUGUGUCUUAAUGUCAAAAUAUACUUCACCGGAUGAACUGGAAAAAUAUCACGUUCGCGAAGUUUAUAAUCAAAUAGCGCCUCAUUUCGUUGGUUCACGGCAUAAAGCUUGGCCAAAAGUUGAAGAAUUCCUUCUUUCUCUGCCAGCAGGAAGCCUGAUCGCUGAUGUAGGUUGUGGAACAGGCAGGUACUUAGACUUGGUGGGAGAUCAGUCCUUCACUCUUGGAUCAGACAGCUGUAUGAAGUUUGGUGAAAUUGCUGCUAAAAGAGACCACAAUGUCCUGACUUGUGACAAUCAGAAUCUUCCCCUCAGGGAGAACUGCUUUGAUGCUGUGAUUUCCAUUGGUGUCAUUCAUCAUUUUGCAUCAGCCAAGAGGCGCAUGAAAGCACUGGAAGAGCUUUACAGAAUUCUUAAACCUGGGGGGAAAAUGUUGGUGUAUGUUUGGGCAUUUGAACAAGAUGAAAGAAAGUUUAAUGGUCAAGAUGUCUUAGUUCCAUUUACACAAUACCAGAGAAAUACAGCUCGCAGAAGGAAAUCCACUCCUUUAAUGUCCAGAAUCCAUCCACUGAUGAAAGUAAGAUGUACAUCAAACAAGUCUGCUUCAUCGUGGAAAUCAAGGCGAGCAUUUUCCCUGGACGAGCCAACGAAUGAAAAGAUUCGAUACAGCACGCAGUCGACAAUGGCGGAAGACUUGUGUAAACAGGAUGUUAUCGAAGAAGUUGUGCAAAACGCGAGAUCUUCGAAGUUUUCUCGCCUGGAGCAUGUUAGGAACGGCGGCAAGAUUUCAACCUUUGAUCCAGCACAGGAUAUUGAUUGUAGUUAUUCAUCCGAGGUUACUCCGGUCACAAAGCUUAAAAAGUUCCUUAAUAAUGUCUUAGAGAAGUUAUUUGAUGACAAAAAUUCCGAGACAACGCCCGACCACCCUCAAGAAAAAGCACAUGGUAAUCUCGUUCCCAUGGACACAAACUUGGACUUGAGCGCCAAAUUGUCAGCUUUGAUGUCGCAUUUUUCUUUGCAGAACCGACCAAGAUACUUAAAUAGUGAAUUUUUCUCCUUACUGGCAAAGAAGUUGUUCCCUAGUAAGGAAGAAUUCGAUAUAGACGGCUUUGAGGAGAGCUCAGUCGCUUGUAGGGAAGAUUGUGACGAGAAGUCCUGGGGUAGGAACGGAGACCAUUCCAGAGGGUUGUCUCCUCCCAAUGAUGUCAUCAUCGGCUUGAGGGAGAAAAAAACUGAUGGCCGUCUUGAUGAAGAUGGAGCAGAUGAUUGGAAUGGAGUUAGCUUGGGGGUGGUUGCGAGGCUCGUGGAGACGUUAGCAUCUUCAAGCGACGCGGAGAGUGACAGUUCUAGCUCCAGUGAUUACAUUACAUCAGACUCAAGCGCUGCAGAGGAUUGUGACCGUGUUAGAUCACGUAAUGUAACCCGUAGCAACAAGGUUUUUCAUCAUACCACGGUGAACUGCCAAGACAAACCGGAAAAAGAAUCCGCUAAAUCAAGAUUAGCUCCAGAAGAUUCCCUUUCGUCAUCGUCAUCAUCUUCAUUGUCAGCUUCCUCGUCAUUGUCAUCAUCAUCCCCAUCAUCAUCGACCAAGCCGUCAAAGAAAGUGAAAAGCAAGUUACACCAGAGGUACUAUCAUGUAUUCUGCGCUGGCGAAUUGGUGAAGUUAGUUCAAGAUGGAAUUCCGUCUGCUGUACUACUCAAAGAAUAUCAUGAUCACGGAAACUGGGCAGCCGUUUGGGAAAAGGAAAGCAUAGAACUCAAAAGUUGAUUAAACGAACUGAAAUUAGAAGAAUAAAUAUCUGCAAACAACUACAUCCUAGGAGGUCUCAAUGGGGUGAUGGCUUUUAAGGUUAACAGUUAAAAUUUUGGCCCAGUUAUAGCUAACGGUUAACUUCCUUUGUGAUUGAAAGAAAAUUUUUACGGUUCACCUUUUUUACAACUAACGGUUAAAAUUUUUCAAUUUUUGCCCCAUACGGCUAAAUUUUUCGGCCGAUUUACGGCUAAAGGUUAACACCAUUGAGACCCUCAUCUUAAGAGAAAACUGUGUGAAGGUAAAUAAUCAAUCAAGAGGUGUGACGACGUGUUAAGUCUGCCUUGGUAUUUGUGUCGGACAAAAAGGCAAUUAUCCUAGAUUUUAUCUGAGUGCAGUUUCAAGAUUUUCAGACCUGCCAGAUGAUCGGACAGAGUUCAUUUUCUGACUCUCACUGAACUUUUAAUCUCCAAAUAACUUUCCGUUUGAGGUUAAUAUGAAAACAAAAAAGCAAACAAAAAUACGGUGAAUGCAAAAAGCAAGCUUUGUGAGUCAUUCUAUGCUCUCUACGAUCAAUCGCCUUAACUUGCCGACCGACCCGCCGUUUUUUCCUUCUUUUUUUUGUUGUGUAUUCAGGCGAGCGGAGAAAAUUGCGAGGCGAAAACAGAGGGCGAAUCUCGCACGUCAAUAACUCCUUUGCAUUAUUAUCACGCUUCCCCCCGCUCAUCCGACGAGAACGUAACACUGAUUUAAGUUAAGCCUGUUCUGAGGCCUAUUUUUGUAGUAAAUUUCUUUCUUUCUUUCUUUCUUCUUUGUUUUUCUUUUCGAAUUCAAGACGGAAGCAAGUGCUGAGGCUGCUGAACAAACUUCGAUUUUCCGCAAGCGAAUUUAAUAUUUCAGGCAUCGAUGUACUGAAAUGAUUAAAUUUUUGUAGUGUUUUUUUUUUUUUUACAGAAUAAUUGCGGCGAGAAAUAUGGUGUUAAGUCUUGUUAGAAUUUACAGCAAGGGAAUGUGGUUGUAAGGAAAAAAUCAGACAAAAUCUAAACAUUAAUAUUUUAUAUCAUGAAGGAGCAGCUUUGUGAUUUCAGCUUUUUUUAUCAGACGAGAGAAAUUUGUAUUUGAUAUAAUUUGACAAUCUUUUUAGUCUCAUUAUAUUUCAUAAAUAGACAGCUUCCUUAAUUGUUUUUAACAUAGGAUAUUUAAAUAAAUUAUUUAUAUGCUGGAUAUGUCAGUCUGGACUUACGAGAGCGCUUAAAGUGUUAAAUUUUCAUCGUAUGACUUAGAGCUUAGUAACUAAUCCAAUUAUUAUUAAGGUGAAUAAAUAAAACAGCAUGGUUCAGUAUUCUUUUUUUUUUA